CUCACAGCUCACUCCAAUGGCUUCUUUAGCCACAUCUGUAGCCCUCGCUUCUCUCCCGGCGAAACUCCGCCAGGCUCCUAUCAGAUUCCUGUUCUCCUCCUCGGUCUCCGCUCCCCCGCAUCUCCGGUCUGUGAGGCCUUUGUCAGUUGGUGCCCUAACGUUCGAUUUCUCAGGAUCUUUUUUCGAGGAUGGAGGAGAUGAGGAAGGGGACGGCCCCUCCGCUGUCUCCGUUGCCUCGGUGGAUUUGGAGGAUAAGGAAGAGCCUCAGUGCCCCCCGGGCCUUCGACAAUACGAGACCAUGGCCGUGCUGCGCCCCGACAUGACUGAGGACGAGCGCCUUGCCCUUAUCCAACGAUAUGAGGAGUUGCUCGUUGCAGGGGGUGGAAUGUAUGUGGAAGUGUUCAACCGGGGAGUAAUUCCACUGGCAUAUAGCAUUCGUAAAAAGAACAAAGCAGGAGAAACCAAUACGUACUUGGAUGGCAUAUAUCUCCUUUUCACUUAUUUCACCAAACCUGAGUCCAUGGGGGUUCUCGAGUCUAGGCUUCAAGCUGAUGAUGAUGUGAUCAGAUCGACAAGUUUUAAGAUACGAAAAAGGAAGUACUAAUCUUUGUUCAUUAGAAGAGGAUGCAUGACAUGAUCAGAUCUUGUAAAACAGUCUCGAUCUUGUCAAUCUUGGAAGUCCCUGAAUUUAGUCACUCUUUGUACGCGAGAUGAUCACUUGGUAUUUAUCACAAUUUAUUUGAGAUUUCCUCAAAUAUUAGUUUCUCCCAGUGCAAAUAA